CCCUCCACCAGCGCGUGUCGAGCGAACUUCUCGAUCUGGAUGUAGAAAAACUCCCUGAAGUUGCUGAACCACUUGAUGAGCUGGGAGGUGAUGCAGCGUGUGAACUACAGGAGGACCAAACACAAGUAACUUCAGUUCGUUUGGUUUUCUGGUCCCCCCGUCUCUUUGUAACGCAGUGGUUUCUCCCACGGCUACGGUAACUCUCCGCUCCUGGAGCUUCUUCACUACUGUCAACAACCGGCAGUUAGCGCUAUGUUAGCAGGGUCCAGGGCGGUGUACCGGGCGCUGAGCCGCUCCCAGUCAUCGUGGAUUCAGGCUAAUAAUGUCCUCGUGCGGCCGAGUGUGUCAGGUCGCUCUGUCUGCAGCCAGAGACUCUACAUACACUUUCAGCCAUGCAAGUUCUCAUCAUCGGCAAAUGUCAGUCACAUCAGACAUUUCAGGACGUCUGCUGUUUACAGAAAUGAAGUGGUCACUGUCAAAACUCCUGCGUUUGCAGAAUCAGUCUCUGAAGGAGAUGUGAGGUGGGAGAAAGCUGUGGGGGAUACUGUGGCAGAAGAUGAGGUGGUCUGUGAAAUUGAAACUGACAAGACGUCAAUACAGGUCCCGUCUCCAGCUGCAGGUGUCAUUGAGGAGCUCCUGGUGCCUGACGGAGGGAGGGUUGAAGGAGGGAUGCCUCUCUUCAAACUACGGAAAGGAGCUGCUGCUGCUGCCACAGCUGCAUCCUCUCCUGCCAAUGUUGCUUUAACUCCACCACCACCACCUCCACCACCACCUCAACCUUCAUCUCCCACUCUGGUGACUGCAGUGCCCUCAGCAGCACCGCAGGCUGCUCCUACAAGACCUGCUGCUGUUUUCUCUGUGGUUUCUGCUGCCAAAGCUACGCCUGCACCUCCACCAUCACCUGCUCCUGCAGCUGGAGGCAGAGGAGAACAGAGGGUGAAAAUUAACCGUAUGAGACUGAGGAUCGCACAGAGGCUGAAGGAGGCUCAGAACACCUGCGCUAUGUUGACCACCUUCAAUGAAGUGGACAUGAGCAACAUUCAGGAGAUGAGAAGAAUCCACAAGGAAGCCUUUUUGAAGAAGCACAACAUCAAACUGGGUUUUAUGUCUGCGUUUGUCAAGGCAGCAGCUCACGCUCUGACAGAUCAACCUGCCGUCAACGCUGUCAUCGAUGAUUCGACUAAAGAGAUAAUCUACAGGGAUUACGUGGACGUUAGUGUGGCUGUGGCCACACCAAAGGGUCUAGUUGUUCCAGUGAUACGUAAUGUGGAAACCAUGAACUUCAUUGACAUUGAAAAGGCCAUAAAUACACUUGGAGAAAAGGCUCGUAAAAAUGAGCUUGCUGUUGAAGACAUGGAUGGAGGCACCUUCACCAUCAGUAAUGGGGGUGUGUUUGGCUCAUUGUUUGGCACACCCAUCAUCAAUCCUCCGCAGUCGGCCAUCCUGGGAAUGCACGGCAUCUUUGAAAGACCAGUUGUGAUUAAUGGGAAGCAGGUUGAGAUUCGACCAAUGAUGUAUGUGGCGCUGACUUACGACCACCGGCUCGUUGACGGCAGAGAAGCUGUCACCUUUUUGCGGAAGAUCAAAGCAGUGGUGGAAGAUCCUCGAGUGCUGCUUCUGGACAUAGGUCCAGGGUUUGAUCGUAGGCUGCAGAUGACAUACCACUGAGGUUUGUAGGUACAAUUAGAUACUUGUUGCUACUCAUGGCUCGGCUAAGUACAGAUGGUUUAUACUGGUGCUUGUACUUUGUGUCAACAGUCAGUCAUGAGUGACUUUGAUUUUUUUGCUGUUUUAACAGUUGGAAGUAAAACCUGGACAUGGAUUUUACCUUCUGCCGUACAGCCAGAAAAUUGUUGGGGUUUUUUUGUGAGAACAUACAGGUUGGCCAGGCCUCAGUGAUGCAUCCUGGUGAAAUCAUUUAAUCUGCUGCCAGAUCUGUUUUGCUCAUGAACAGAUGAAUCCUGUGGCGGAGAGAGACCGAUCUUCAAAGCCUAAUUAACCGUUCUGCCGAUAGCCUCUUGAGAAGCUCCAAAUAAUGUGAUCGUCUCUGGCAAAGUCUUGAGGGUUGCUUGGCCCUUUAUACCACUUCACAGAUACAGGCUCGAGUGUGUGCAGCUGUGUAUGAUGCCCCUUCACUAUUUCUGUUUACUUUAAUAAUCACAAAGCACAAUGGCUUUUAAUGUACGUCUUUGUUUCCCUGCCAGCACCUACACAAAUGUCUGAACAACACUGUUUGGAGAAAAAAAAUACAGAAUUCAUUAAGAGAAAACAAAAAACACAAACAUUAGAUUAGCAUGAGAAUACUGGAGGUUCUAAUGGGCCGGGGUACGGCAGACAAUGAUACAAGGGUUCUUUCUGAUUGAAUUAUUUACUUUUAUUACCCCUCAAGAUUCCAUUAGCGUUUUGGAGGUCAUGUUAAUUGGCAGCAUGUGCUGGUCGCCAUCUGAAUGGCUUGUUGGCCGGGUUUUGUUUUUGUCUUCAAAAUUUGGCCAAAUCUGUGAAUUUCAGAUGGGAAUCCUCAAUAAGACGUGGGUUUUAAGUCUUUGUGUCCAUUCACAUGAAAGAUGGCCUUUUAGAAAUUGGCAGCUAGCUGUUUGUUUUCAUUAGGCCACAUCAGAGAGAUAAUUUACCUAAAUUAUUCUGAUAGUUUUUCUGUCUUUUUAAUUAGCCAAUUAUACCCAUGUCAUUACAGUAGGCUUUGUACUUUAUCCCAACUGCAGAAAAACACUUUGAGGGGAUGAACCAAGUACUAAAAACUGCUUCCCUCCAUUUAUGUUUUUUUUUGUUUUGUUACAUACCUGCUUCUAAAUCAAAGACUUCUGACAGCUGUCCAACAUCUCCACAUCUUUCAGAUAGUUUGAUUAGUACUCAGGUUUCCAACAUGAGGGGUGGCCCACCUUAGGCGCACAGAGUUGCACUGCAGGGGAAAUGAAUUUCAGUGAGUUUCAUGAUGCAGUUUCUUGAGAAAGUAUUAGGUUCAUUUUAUAAACUAAACAUCAAGAGCUCAGUAAUAGUCUUAAAGUCUACAUUGGAAGAAGUUUUAGAACUACAGCAUUGUCAACAAAAAUGUCUCCAUGGCAACUCUCAGCAAAUUUAAAUAAAAUGUUUCCCUAAAAA